AUGCCCAUCGAAUCUCCCUGGCCGCCUGUGUCCGUCCCCGAAGUUGACGUAUGGUCGUUCUUCCUCGAGCAUCCCAACCGCCAGUAUCCAGAUGAUCACGUACUAUACAUCGACGUGGCUGCAGCACAAACACUUACAUAUCGACAACUUCGCUCUUCCGCCGAACAAUGGGGAAGCGGACUGCAGGAGCAGUGGGGAUGGCAGAAGGGCGAUACUCUGGCCACGAUGACACCGAACACUUUCGAAUGUGUGCCUGUCACCUUCGGCACUUUACUGGUAGGAGGCGUCGUUAGCCCUUGCAACUUCCAGUACACGGUAGACGAGCUGGUGUCUCACUUGAAGUCAUCGGGUGCGAAAGGGUUAAUCACCAACGUUGCCUGUGUCGAUGUGGCCCUCGAAGCAGCAUCGCAAAUCGGCUUCCCACUGGAUCGAAUUCUGCUGGUAGGGGGUACGGAUCCCAAGAAUACCACAGCAUACUACUCGAGCCUCCAAGGGAGUAUCACGGCGAGUCCGAAGAAGGUCACUAUCGGUCCAAAAGAGGACCUCGCUUUUCUAGUCUACUCCUCAGGAACAACAGGCUUGCCAAAAGGCGUCAUGCUGACACACUUUAACGUGGUCGCAAACCUGGUCCAGUACACGCAGGUCAGAUUGCCACGCCAUUGGAAGACGGAUAGAAGUGUAGGCUUCUUACCGAUGUACCAUAUCUACGGUAUCGCUGUCCUCAUGCUCUACCCGCUUCAUGACGGCACAACAACCUACAUUAUGACCUCCUUCGACCUCCCGACCUUCUGCCGCACUGUCCAAGACUCCAACAUCACAUUCGCAUACAUCGUGCCACCUGUCGCCCUCGCUCUGCGAAGAGUCCCAUCGUCGAUCGAUUCGACCUCUCCUCUCUGCGCACUAUACCAGCGCCUGAAGACUCCACUUCGCCAGGGUUAUGGAAUGUCCGAGGCUGCGCCAGGGGUGGCCGGCCAGCGCACUGAAGAUUGGAACAAGCCGAUUGGUUGUAGUGGGCACUUGUGGCCGAGUAUUUCUGCCAAACUUGUCGUCGAUGGGAAGGAAGUCAAGAAUGGCGAAGAGGGAGAAGUAUGCCUCAAGGGACCUAACGUCUUCAACGGCUACUACAACAAUCCUGCCGCGACUGCUGCGAGCUUCGAUGCGGACGGCUGGUAUCGUACGGGUGAUAUUGGCUUUGUUGAUGAAGCUGGGAACAUCAGCAUCACCGAUCGCGUCAAGGAGCUCAUCAAGUACAAUGGGUUCCAAGUCGCCCCAGCGCAGCUCGAAGGUCUGCUUUUAGGGCAUCCGGCGGUCACAGAUGUAGCCGUCGUCGGUGUGUUCAGCGAUGCGCGUGCGACCGAGCUACCCAGGGCAUAUGUCGUCGUUGCUGCUGGGUACAGGGGGGAUGACAAGCUGGAAGAAGCGCUGCACCAGUGGUUCAAUGAGCUUGUGAGCCCGCACAAGAGGCUUAGGGGUGGCAUUCGGUUUGUCGAGGCGGUGCCGAAGAGUAACGCAGGGAAGAUUCUGAGGAGGGUGUUGAUUGAGCAGGCGAGGAAAGAGGAGAUGGGGGCGGGCGUAAAGGCGAGGUUGUAG